UUUUAUUUCCACAUUCAAACAGCAACGUAUUCGAUAAGUCGCUAGUGACGUUUGCCAACACUGAUGCAUUUGAAAAUACUGACAUCUGCCUGCAGUCGAAGCAGGCGCAUUUUUGGCCAUCAAUUCUAACAAAAAAUUAACUAAAUUGUGCUCUAAAAAAUAUGUACACAGAUGAGGUGCGAACACCUCAGGCCCUCAAGAGUCGAUACUUCUCCAAUCUCAGUGAGCUGAAAUGCCGAGUGCGCAGGAACAGCGCCACGGGCAACAAUUCCGUGGCGUCUGCCGCAACGCCAACUAAUGGCGGCAAGCAAAAUACGAGAUGUAGUCCCCAAAUGUCCUCGCUGGUGUGUACGCCACCGCCCAAGCGAUUGCACAAGAUUCGGAAUCCCUUCGAGGGCGCCCUGGCGGAUCGUUUGCACCUGCCUCUGAUUGCCAGUCCUUCGCUAUUCCGGUCACGCACACCCCAGCUCUCGUCCACGCAGUUUGAGUGGAACAUCGACGAGGUGUCGCAGCUGAAGCCCGCCGAUAUGGAGCCUCACGAAACGCAAUUCCACGACUCGCCCGACCCUGAGGUGGAGAGCAAGGCCCAGCUGGCGAUCAGUGCCUUCUUCAAGGAAUCUAUCAUAGUGCCCAGCCCCGUGGACUGUCCCCUGCGCAAGAAUCGCAUCAUACUCAACGAACUCAACGAGGACAAUACGCCUAUCUCGAAAAAGUCAUCGAGCGGCCGACGACGGCGGGACUGCAGUGUCCAGACCGAGCUGACACUGCCCCCCAUCCUGCCCAAGGCGGUGGAGGAGGCACUGCGCCCCUACCUUCAGCCCCAUCUGGCUGGCAGCAUGUCGGGUCGAGCCAAGACCCGCUCCAGCGGUAGCGACAUCUUCAACAGCUCCAUGCGGCGCAAGCUGUUCGAUCUGCACAAUGUGAUUGUGCUGGGCGAACAGGAGGCGGCGCAGUCGCCCCAAAUGGUGGGCUCCAGUCCGCAGGGCAAGCAGACAAUGUUUGCUGGCAGACUCUCGGACUCGGCGUCGGGCGAGGGCAGCUUUGGGUCCCUGUCGCCCAUCAGGAACCUUUGCGGCCUGCCCACAGGUACACCAGACGACGGUAAUCGCUCCUCCAAGCGGAAGCUGCUGCUGAUGCACGACGUGGAGCUGCCCUCGCCAAUAGCUCCGUCCGAGCAUCUCAGCCGUCGGCUGGUGCAGUCCAAGGUGGAGGUCAGCAUCAGCACCAGCAUCAGUGAGCAGCACGAUACGUUGUCCGAGCUGACGGGAACGGGGCGACCAGCCUGCAGAUUCACCCCGGAUCGCAGCUCCUCGCCGAUGCAGGCACUGGAGCAGUCGGACUGCAGCAUCAACCAGCGGGUGAGCCGACUGAGGGUGAACAGCACGAGGCAGUUGCCCAGCCAGUCGCUCCUGGAGGCUGUGGACCUGGCUCUGUUCGAGGAGGCAGAAGCGGAGGACACAGACGAGCCCGAGGCUGAAGCAGAGUCGGACGAAGAGGAGGAGGAGGAGGCCGAGGCCAUGCAGCUGUCCACGCUCAGCUUCAACUGCAGCUCCUCCAACUCGGACACACCGCGUGGAUCCCGCCGCCGCCGCUCGGCCAAUCGUAAAAAUCUCUCGCAAUCCUUUAGUGCCAAUUUGGAUGAUGUCGAGGGCCAGCCGGUGGAGCAGACGGCUCCGGUUGUGGCUAAUCCACCGGCGCAGCGCAUUGGCCUCUAUCGGGCGGACAGUGGCUUCAACGAGACGUCGAGCACCUCGACCUUUGCCUGCUCCCAGGACAUCUCUAUGGCCUGCUGCUCGACACCCUCCACGCGCUCCUGACACCACCAUAUAUAUCUGGCUGUACAAAUUUCAGCAGCAGUUGGAACUAUUUUAAAUGCAAUAACUCAUCUUUCCAGGCUAGAGAGGAAGACUCGCUUAACUGCAAUGUAACCAACCCACCGAUCCUAGGGCCUUAUCUUUAAUUUGUGUGUUUAUUUUUAUAAUUUUCGAAGUUAUCACUUGUUUAUGUACCCCAACACAUAUGUAAUUGCCAAA